GCUCCGCGCGGGGCUGUGUCGGGCCAGCGGGUACUUUCGAGGGCUUCUCUACAGCCAGGGACUGAUGCCCUUGGCCAUGACACACCCCCAGCUGCUGUCCACUCAGCCACAGCCUGCGUGACUGGGUCAUCGCUGCUCCAGCCAUUUCACGUCACCGUUCCCUUUAUGAACAGUUUGAUGGGGCGCCGGGCGGAUGACAGCGGGAACGGUUGUGAUCACUGGCGGAAUCCUAGCGACGGUCAUCCUCCUCUGCAUCAUCGCCGUCCUGUGCUACUGUAGGCUCCAGUAUUACUGUUGCAAGAAGAGCAGAGCCGAGGAUGCAGACGACGAGGAGGAGGAGCACGACCUGCCCACACACCCCCGAGGCCCCCCCUGCAAUGCCUGCAGCUCCCAAGCCCUGGACGGCCAAGGCAGCCUGGCACCUCUCCCCAGCGAGCCCUGCGGCCAGCCGUGCGGGGUGGCCGCCAGCCACUGCACCACCUGCUCCCCAUACAGCUCCCCCUUUUACAUACGGACGGCAGACAUGGUGCCCAACGGGGGCGGAGGCGAGAGGCUCCCCUUUGCUCCCACAUACUACAAGGAGGGGGGCCCCCCAUCCCUCAAAGUGGCAGCACCCCAGAGUUACCCGGUGACGUGGCCAGGCUCUGGGCGUGAGGCCUUCACCAAUCCAAGGGCUAUUAGUACAGACGUGUAACCCCUCUCACCCCCGACCCCCCCACACCGCAAGGCUACUGCCCCAGCAGGAGCCAUGGGGGCAGCAGAUGUCCCCUCCCACAGCCCACAAGGACCGGCUCUGUGUCUUGGCUUUCCUUGCCCCGCAGUGGAAGGCUCACCCAGAUUCAGGCAAUGGAGGGCAUGGAGACCCAGGGCGGGGCCUGGCACAUCCCUUCGGCAGCUUGGCCAGUUUCUCUGUGGGCCGUUCCUCUGGCCAGUGCCAGCAUCACCGCAGCCCUCUCACUUCCCUCAGCCCCUGGCUGUGCCCGACUCCGGGAGGAGGAGCCCCCAGUGCAGCAGAGGCUCUGGAGCCGUCCAGAGAAGUUGGGGGAUGAAAGGAGAAAGGGCAAGAAGAGAGGCGAGAACAAAGACGUUGGCAGAAGGAGGGGGUUCAGAGGACCAGGACUUGCGAACACAAAGCCAAGAGCAAGUUCACGGUCUGGUUUUGUGCCUCGGCUGUCAUAGAGACGGCAGGCCCUGCAGCUGCUCCAGCACGGAUGUGCUUUCCUGAACACACCCCAUCUGCACCUGCCCCCGCCCCUGAUGGACCACGAUGACUGGGCUUUCAAGGUCAGGUUUAUAGGCAAUUUGCAGGGAAUGCCCCCCAAACGGCUGUUCUGUCUCCCCCACAAUCCUCUCUUCCCUGCCUUGGGAACCAGCUGCCCCGGCUGGAGAACCUUCUUUACAUUCUGUUCCUAGAGUUGGAGGGGCUUCGUGAGGGAGAGCCUGCGGGUGGUCUCCGGAGCCCUGGACCACCACACGAGUACUGUGCGUGGAUGCAGCUGUGCGUGUGCAUCCCCAGGUGUGUACACACACACCUGUCCCCACCAGCACACCCCGGGGCUCUGCCGCCUUUGGGGGCCGCAGAAUAGAAGGGUCUCUGUGGACCAACUAGAGGGAAAAAUCCACCUGCAGACAGCAGGAGCGAAAGCUGACUAAGGUGGCCGCCCGUCCCCACCGCAAGCAGCUGGCUGGUACAGGAAGAGCCUGCGGCGUGUCCUGUGGGACAUGCUGCAGGCUUGAGGCCACGGAGGCCCCUCAGAGACCUGGUGUUCUGCGUGGGCAGCCUGCCCUAAGGCCGCAGAGCAGGACUGCUUUCUUCCACCAGGGACAGCAGCCCCUACUGCUGAGGAUUGAGGGACUCAAUUAGCAAUCAGAUCCCAUGCUUGCUGCCCUCCCUCCGCUGCCCCAUUCCCCAGUCUCGGGACAAGGGCCAACUCACGGCUCUGUCACUCUAGCCCCAAGUCCAAUUCCCAGUUAGAACUCAGCUGUGGCCUUCUGCUGUUUGAGUACAUGCAUCUGAUGAGUUUUCCAGUUGCCUCUGCACUAAGGGGUGGCUGCCGCCCCCUUCUACGGGCAUUCGUCAUCCCCAGCCUCUCCUGAGUCACUGGAUGCUGCCGAGAGUGGCAGCAGGGGAGCUGGCCACUCUGCUGAAAUCUUGAUUUUGCAGUUGGG